AUGGAUAAAGAACAACAGUAUCAAGCAUCCGAUGGUCAAUGGUCUUCACCACAAGUGCAAACCCAGAACCAGCAGACAUAUACCCAACAACCACCUAUGAAACCUACUCCACAAACGAUCUACGUAGAUGGAAAACAACCACCACAACAACAACAGGCCGACGCUGGCAAAAGGACCAAAUUCGGCAUGUGCUGUGGGACGACAUCAGCUUUAGGAAUGGGGGCGUGUUACUACUGA